AUCCCGUAGCUGCAAAGUCCUUUGAAGUCCGGGCCUGGUGGCUUUCCCGCCUCCGGGGCUCUGCGGCUUGGAUGCACUACAACUCCCAUCCUCUCGCUUGCUGGGGCGCGGAGCAAGUGUAAUUUUGCGCCGUGCAAAAAAAAAUCCGUGCAAUUUUUGAAAUCGGGGCCUGCUGGCUUCUCCGCGCUCCUGGCUCCGCUGCUAGGAGAGAGUACCACUUUGCUGCUGAAUGAUGUUGUACGGCCUACUGCUUCCUUAAAAUCUUUCCCAUACUGGAGGAAACUGCCUUAUCUGCCAGGAGCUAAGACAAAUUCUGGACAUUCCUGGGAGCCCGAGAUUGACUGAAAUUGCAAAUUUUGUUCCCAGCGAGGUCUGCUGUUUGAGAGGCCAUGGCGGCUGAGCAGAGGGCCAGAAGAGCUGAUGGUAUCCCAAGACGCAGGGGGAUCGUCAAAAUGGAAGAUCGUCAAACCAUCAGCCCCAGAGGGCCAGAGGGAGCGGACCGUACAGGGAAACUGCCUCGGGUCCUCCAAGUAGGGACCAUCCGAGAGUUCCUGAAUUGGGCUGCCCCACGGCAAGUGAAGCAGGAGCCCAGGGAGGGCUUGCCCGAAAUCUGGGAAGCCCAAUGGCAGGAGUUCCUCACUGCGCUCCGGUCCUCUCCUCUAGGGGAGGGACACCAGCCGCUGGCCGAGGGACCCUCCCCGUGGAGGGACAACAAAGCCUUCUUUGCCUCUUUUGAACGUCUGGCUGGAACCUGCCAGCUGCCCCGCCGAGAAUGGCUGGCUCGCCUGGUGCCCGUGCUGGGCAGGGAAGCUAAAGAGGCCUACAGUAGCCUCAGCCUCCAAGACCGAAGCGAAUACGCCAAAGUCAAGGCGGCCAUCUUGAAAGGAGAUGCCUUGCGGAUGGAGGCGCAGCGCCAGCGUUUCCGGCAGUUCCGCUACCACGAGGCCCGGGGCCCCCGGGAAGUAUACAGCCAGCUUCGGGAGCUGUGCCGGGGGUGGCUGAACCCAGAGAAGCACACCAAAGAGCAGAUAUUAGACCUCCUGGUCCUGGAGCAGUUCUUGACCCUCCUGCCCCAGGAGAUCCAGAGCUUGGUGAGGGAACACGGCCCGGAGUCGUGUGCCCAGGCCGUGCCCUUGGCGGAGGCCUUCCUGCUCAGGCAGCAAGAGGCCGAAAGAAAGGGGAAGCAGACUCGGGGAAUCCGAGGGGUGAACUGGGCCGAGGUGAAGCCAUCUCCUGUGGGUGCUGGGCUGAAGCGGAUCCCUCGAGAGGUGAAGCAAGAUGCCAGAAUCCUGGAUUUGGGGAACGCCAACGGGGAGCGUGCCGAGAAGGCUGCGAACCGCACUACCGAAAACGGAUUGAAGGCACCCGGCAGAGCCCAGCUGGGCCAGAGAAGCUUCCAAAAUCCCGAUAACCGGGCCGCUUUCUGCCCAAGCCCGGCCUUCUUCAAGCACCAGCGGGUCCACGCGGCGGAGAGCCCGCACCAGUGCCCUGACUGCGGGAAGCACUUUACGCAGCGUUCCAGCCUCACCAUCCACCGGCGGAUCCACACGGGGGAGAAGCCGUACCCCUGCCCCGAGUGCGGGAAAUGCUUCCGUCAGAGUUCCAACCUCUUGAAGCAUCAGCGAAUCCACUCGGGGGAGAAGCCCCACCAGUGCCCGGAGUGCAGCAAAUGUUUCGCCCAGCGCUCCAACCUGCUGAUCCACCAGAGGACCCACACGGGGGAGAUGCCCUACGUGUGUGCCGAGUGCGGGGCCUGCUUCAGCCAGCACCGGGGCCUGGUCACUCACCAGAGGAUCCACAUGGACGAGAUGCCCUACGGCUACGGCUGCCCGGAUUGUGGCAAAUGCUUCCAGCAGAACUCGGAUCUGACGAAGCACCUGCGGGUCCACACGGGCGAGAAGCCUUACAGCUGCCCUGAGUGCGGGAAGAGCUUCAGCUACAGCUCCAACCUCAGCAAGCACCAGCGGAUCCACACGGGCGAGAAGCCGUACCGCUGCAACGUGUGCGGGAAGAGCUUCAGCCACCUAUCGACUCGCAACACGCACCAGCGGGUCCACACGGGGGAGAGGCCUUACGGCUGCACCGAGUGUGGGAAAAGGUUCAUUUCGAGUUCGAAACUCACCCGGCACAUGCGAACGCAUGCCAUAUACACCCCUUACAUCUGCAACGAGUGUGGGAGGAGCUUCAGUUCCCACUCGGCCUUGACCACCCAUCAAAAGGACCAUUCCACGGAGGGCUACAGCGUGGGCGGCUUGUGGGAGGGAGCCGAGCAGGGUCCGAGCGACUUCCUGGGCAGGCUGUCCCCUCUGUGACGGUGGCUGAGCUAGCCUGUCCUUAUGAGACUACUAGUCAGGGCGCUAGUCCCUAAGGUAUCGGAAUUUGGCAGCCUGCCUCGUGCAGGCCGGUUGUGAGAGUAGGCAAUGCUGGGCUAUAGAAUUAGUGUGGUGGUUUUUGGAAGAUAGAGUUAGGCUGGAGAAAAAAAAUAAAAAAAAAGGAUAGUGCAGAGAACGGAGGCUUAGAUUGUCGUUAGUUUUAGGAAGGGAGCAAAGCCUUUGCAGAAGAGAGAGCCCUGAAGCUGGUUAGUCAUUGCGGGGGCUUCCCCCAGGCCCUGAGCCAGCAUAUUUACUGUACCCCCCCCUGCUGUAAUUUAGCUAUCUUACUAGCUCUGUAGAUCCCCCAUAUUCAGGAGCAGGUUAUCUGUGAGUGUUGGGUACCUGUAGGUAAUAAAUGAAAAUUCUAUAGUCUCUGGAGGAGGAAGGGUGAGUUAUGAUUUGGAUUUAGCACCUAAAGAGCAGUUGUAAAAAAUGGGGGGGGGGAAUGGAUGGAAACUCUUAAUUUCGGAGAACUGAAAUAUAUUUUACAGGCUUUAAAUUUUUUCCCUUUCCCUCCUUCCUCCUCCCCCCUUUCAGCAUCGCUAAAAUCCAACUUGUCGGAAAGUUUUUAGUCAUUUUGUGGUGUUUGGAUUGACACACUAAGCGCUGCGUUUUGAGGGUGGGGCAUGGUGAUCAUUGCAGAUUAUGUGCUGUGUCCGGUUAUCCCCUGGUUUAAAAUGCCAGGGCAUACGGUUUCGGGUGGCUAGGUUGCAUUCUCAAUUGGGUGCCCAUUGCCUCCCUUUGCUAGAGCAAAGUUUCAACUUUCAAGAGGCAUUGGGCUUCAACUGCCAGAGUUUCUUAGCCCAGGGGUAGUCAACCUUGGCUCUUUUAUGACUUGUGGACUUCAGCUCCCAGAAUUCCUGAGCCAGCCAUGCUGAGGGGAAAGGAAGAGUUUCCAAGUUGAGCCAUGCUGGCUCAGGAAUUCUGGGAGUUGAAGUCCACGAGUCAUAAAAGAGCCAAGGUUGCCUACCCCCGCCCUAGUCAGUCAUGACUGGGGAAUUCUGGGAGUUGAAGUCCACACCUCUUAAAAUUGCUAAGCUUGAAAAUUAUAGGCUAGUGUCCAGGGGUCUUCAAACUUGGCCCUUUUAUGACUCGUGGACUUCAACUCCCAGAAUUCCUGAGCCAGCAUGGCUCAGUUUGGAAACCUCUCCCUUUCCCCUCAGCGUGGCUGGCUCAGGAAUUCUGGGAGUUGGAAGUCCACAAGUCCUAAAAGGGCCAAGUUUGAAGACCCCUGUGGUAGACUUUUCGGAAUGUAGAAAUACUGUAUAUGCUCAUGUGUAAGCCCACGUAUGAGUAAACGGGCCCAUAAUUCUGUGGGAAAAAAAAACAUUGCGAAAAAGGAUGUUACUCACAGAUAAGCCAACCUGCAUUUUUUUGUGACGGUUGGGUUAAAACAAUUCAAGAGUCUGCUCACCUACAGAUGGGCCUAUGUAAGAUACCUGAGUAAUUUUAAAUGUAUUAACGUAUAUACUCAUGGUUGAAAGUCAAUAUUAGGAAAGGCCUUUAGAAGGCCAGAUCCUGAAGUUGAAACUCAAAAUACUUUGGGCACCUAAUGAGAAGGAAGGACUCACUGGAGAAGGGCCUAAUGCUGGGAAAGAUUGAGGGCAAUAGAAGAAGGGGACGACAGA